AUGACGGCGCGCGGGAGCGCGAGCCGCUUCCUGACCAGUGUCCUGCACAACGGGCUGGGUCGCUACGUGCAGCAGCUGCAGCGUCUCAGUUUUAGCCUCAGCCGUGACGCGCCCUCGUCCCGCGGCGCCAGGGAGUUCGUGGAACGAGAGGUGACCGACUUCGCCCGCAGGAACCCCGGGGUCGUAAUAUACGUGAACCCGCGGCCGUGCUGCGUGCCCAGAGUAGUGGCCGAAUACCUUAACGGGUCUGUGCGCGAGGAGAGCAUCCACUGCAAGUCGGUCGAGGAGAUCGCCACCCUGGUGCAGAAGUUGGCGGACCAGUCGGGCUUGGACGUGAUCCGCAUCCGCAAGCCCUUCCACACGGACAACCCUAGCAUCCAGGGCCAGUGGCAUCCCUUCACCAACAAACCGACAACGCUGGGCGGGCAGCGCCCUAGAGAGGUCCAGGAUCCUGCCCCAGCCUAG